UGCUACGUUUGAUUGAGAAAUUGCAGCUGCAUUAGACCAUCACACGUUUGUGUCAAAAUGAGGACGAUAUUCGAGUGAUUAGCCCAUUUGUAUAUGUAUGUGGCUUAGCCAAUGAAAAGGCGUUACACUGGGAAGUGAUAUUCACACACAACUUCCGGGUCCUGGCUUAGGAGUUGCUGUGGCAACAAAAGAGAUGGAUGAGGAGGUGGCGUUCCCUCCAUCCCCUGAGGGGGGCGCUGUGGACGAUCAGCCUGCAGAGCAGGAGCAAGCCAGCCCUCAGACACAAGCCAGCCAUCAGACACAAGCUCAGGAGGAGGCAGGGCAGCAGCACCACCAGCAGCAGCAGCAGCAGCAGGAGGAGGCGCGCGCUGUGGACUCCCCGUCCGCAGGGGGCGAUGUAAUAGCAGAGGGAGGGGGAGAGGAGCCCCCAGAGGACUGGCUACAGCCCCUGGAGGACGACGACUGUGAUGAGGGGGAUGAAGAGGAGGAGGACGAGGAGGAGCGUAUGAGCUGGGGCCAUGGCGGCUCUAGAGAGGGCAGUGUCAGCGGCAGCAUCGGGGGAGGAGGAGGAGGAGGAGGGGAGCGCAGCACCAGAGGAGGACGAGGGGGAGGCGGGCGAGGCCGCGGAGGGUAUAAACGGAGGAUCCACUCCUUACUGGAGGAGGACUGGGAUGACUGUCCCGAUCUGGGGGAGGGCUGGAAGAUGAAGAUGGUGCUGAGACGAUCGGGAGUCCAGGCAGGGAAGACCGACACCUACUACAUAAGCCCUAAGGGGGUGCGGGUGCGGAGCAAGGUGGAGCUAGCCAAGUGUGUCUCGAGCUCGAUGAACUUGCAAAUGUUUGACUACAAGGCCGGAGUGUUCGUGUCCGAGGGAUCAGGCAGGAAAAUGAGGAAAAUGCAAAAGGAGUACGAGCGGUCAAAGCCGAGUCCUGAUGGGAACGAGCAGCAGCAGCAGGAGGAGCAGCAGGAAGUGCUAGCCCUCGGCAGGAGGAAGAGGAAGAGGAAGCAGACAAAGCUGCAUCAGGAAAUGGUGGAGGAGGAGAACAGGAAGAGGAAGAGGAAGCAGGAAGUGCUAGAGGGCGAGAGGGCCAGGAAGCGCGCUAAGAACUUUAGCGACGCCGACAAGAGCCGCCUGAGGCAGCUGGUGCUGAGCACCCCCCAGGCGCAGGACAGGAGGCGGAGCGUACGCUUGGCAGUCUGGGCCGAGAUCAGGCAGGGCUUCAAUAGCCAAUCGGAAACGCAGCGCACCACGCAACAGCUGCAGAUGUUGUGGGCUCGUAUGUGUCGGGGCCGGGGCCGGGUGGGUGGCCGGGGGGGUCAUCGGGGGGCGGUCCUGGCCAGACUGGCUCGCCUCUGCAAGGCCAAAGGCAAGCGACGACGCCCCCCCCAGCCGCAGCUCCAACCCCUCACACGACACACACUCUUAGACCAUGAUUACAUACACACACUCUCAGAGCAGGAUCGCACAUGCGCUCCCUCGGAGGACGUUAACACAAACGCACCCUCGGAGGACAAUUACACACGCAUAGUCUCAGAGAACAUUCACACAAAGACAAAAUACUCGAAGACACUCUCAAAGCAUUCUCACACACACACCCAGCCAGAAGACGCAAACGCAAACGCACUCUCGGAGCGCAACUAUUCUUCGGGACCCACCGAGAACUCUUCCUCAGACACAGACACACAGACCGAGCGGUCGCAGUCUGACGAUACACACACUGACGACACGUCCUCAGACACACUCACAGACAAUUCGGACGCUGAGGAUUCUGGGGACACGGAAGACUCUCAAAGCGCCCCAAACACACCCUCAGCAGACACUCACGCGCACACAAUCUUUGAACAGACACACGCACCCUUGGAGCAGACACACACCCAACUGGAUCAGACAUGCACACAAACGCCCCUCUUGCUCAGCAUCAAAGAAGAGAGCUGUGAGGCCGCGUUCGAACACACACUACCACAGAUGCACACACACGUCAGUUUCCUGGGCCAUGAGUUUGAGCUGUCCACCCCUAACACACACCCCUCCAACCCUGAUGCGCACCUCUCGCAACAACACACACGCCUCUCCACCCCUAACACACAUCUCUCCACCCCUGACACACACCCCUCGCAACACACACACCCCUUGCCACACACACACUUGUCCACCCCUGACACACACCCCUCGCCACACACACACACCUCGCUCCACACUCUGAGUGCUGACCCCACCCCGGCUCUGGCUUGUCCCGCCCCCCUCUUGGGAGCCAGCUGGAGCGAGCGACCGCUGAGCUCUCGGGCCUCCGCUCCCUCUCGACCACUUCAGCUCUCCACAUGCAUGGACGGACCCCAUCCAACCUUUGGCAGCCCUCCACCCCCCUCCCCUGAUCGCCAUGGACACCAGCGGGGGGGCGAGAGGAGGCGGAACCAGCGCAUGCUUGACAGGAGAGGUGACGGGAACUCUAGUGAUGAAGGAGAGCAGGACUGGGAUGAGAGGAGGAGUAAUGAGAGGAGGAGAAGAGGAGGAGAGCAGCGGAUGAAUGAUGAGCGGGAUGAGAGGAGGACAAGAGGAGGAUUGCAGCGGAGGAGAGGAGGAGGAGGAGGUGGAGGAGGUGCGCAGAGGAGGAGGGAGCGUGUAAGCCUGGAGGAUCAGCUGACUCUGGCGUUCCAUCGUCGCCGCAUGCGCUUCCUGCACCAGGAGCACGAGCUGCAGAUGAGGGUCCUGCGCCUCGAGCUCUCGCUACGGCAACAGGAGCAGCAGCUGCUCUACGCACGCGCCAACGCCGCGCUGGCCAAUCAGAAUGCACUUGCAGACGCCACACAGGCCAAUGGCCUCGCACCUCAGCAGCCAGUAGACAAUCAAGACUCGCCUCACUGCCCAGUAGCCAAUCAGGACCCCCCUCAACACCCAGUAGCGAAUCAAGAUGCACUUAAACACCCAGAAACCAAUCAAGACGUGCCUCAGCACCAGGCAGACACACAGCAGGACCAGCUAGCCAAUCGAGACAUACCUGAGGACCAAUCUACCAAUAAUCACACAGUUGAGGACCAAUUGGCCAAUCAUCACAUGCCUCUGGCUGAAACGACAAAUCGGCACACACGUCAGGACCAGCCAGCCAACCAAGACGUGCCUGAGGACCAGCCGGCCGAUGAAGACAUGCCUGAGGAGCCGCUAUCCAAUGAUUACAAGGCUCAGAUCGAAACAACCAAUCAGCCUUCACCUGAGGACCAGCCAGCCAGUGAAGACAUGCCUGAGGAUCAGCCUCAGGCCGAAACAACCAAUUGUCCUGCUCUUCCAGAACAAACAGCUAAUCAAAAGACCCCUCUUGAACAACUGGCCGAUGGCCAGCUGAUUAAGCCUGAAGUGGCCAAUGACCAUGUACCUUGUGACCAGCCAACCAAUCCCCUGGGACUGCAGGAGCAGCCAACCAGUUGCCGUGCGUUUGAACCCCAAUUGGCCAAUGGUAAUCGCAGUGCAUCUGAUCCCCAGUUGGCCAAUGGUAUUCGCCGUGCAUCUGAGCCCCAAACAGCCAAUAGUUUGUCUGAGCCAGUCCGACUGGUCCCUCCCCUACGCAUCUCCAGACGCAGGCUGUCUGCCGACGCCGUGCUGUCGAUCAUCACCCGAGAACCGCCUGCUCGCUCCCCCCGCCUCGCCACACUCAAACGCCAGGGCACCAGGAGCAGGAUGGGGGGCAGAGCCAACACACCACCCCCUACGUCCUCAAAAACACGUGGCAGCAAAUAACACACACACACACUCACAGACACCAGAGUGUUUUUUAUGUUCUCAGCAACAGCAGUGUUUUAAUUGCUCUCUUUUUUGAGGAUCAAGUUCUUCGUUCAAUUGAUUAAUUGAUUAACUUGUUUGUUUUAUAUGCCUUUGAGGCCGAGAGGUUGUAUUUGGAAUAAAACUGCUUUGCUUUUUUA